AUGGCUUCUUCAGGCGAAAUCAAGUAUCCUGCUGUCAACGGACCUGCUUCCGUUGCUGACAAUGUCGCACCCGAAGCUUCCAAGACAGACGCAAAGGCCACACCUUCCACUAGAAUCACAAACGGCCAACAGUUGACUCACUACCACUCUCUUGUGUACAGUCUUUUGAGCUGGGAGCGCCCCAGGGCUACUGCCAUCUCUUUCGCCAGCGUCGUGUUUUUCAUUCUUGCUGCUCGGUUUUUGCCUCUUCUGCGAUGGGUCUUUAAGUUCUUGUACAUUUCCCUCGGAGUCACCGCCGCCGCUGAAGGAGCUGGCAAGCUCAUUCUCAACCGAGGCUUGACAAGCUCUUUCCGUCCUCGCAAAUACUACACCCUACCAAAGGAAACCGUCGAGGGAAUCCUGGAAGAUUUGGGGCAACUCGCCGAUUUCUUCAUGAUUGAGUUCCAACGCAUCCUGUUCGCUGAGAAUGUUUUGCACACUGCUGCUGCUUUCGUUGCUGCCUUCCUCUCCUACUGGCUCAUCAAGAUCGUCCCUGUCUGGGGCCUCGCUUUGCUCGGCACAACCAUUGCUUACCUUGGACCCUUGAUCUACCUUAGCAACCGCGAAAUUAUUGAUGAUCAGAUUGCUCAGAUUCAGAAGCUCGUCAACGCCCAGGCAACCCAUGCCAAGGAACUCGCCAACCAACAGACUGCUCGUGCCACCGGAUUGGUGAAGCAGUAUGCCAACGACUACAGCUCCAAGGCUCACGAGUACAUUGGCAACCGCCGCUCUGCAUCCCCACAGGUUGCCAAGGCUCCAGCCCCAGCAGUCAAGGUCGAGCCAAUUAGCCCUCCCAAGUUCCAGACCACCGAUUUCCCUGAAGCUCCUAAGACUGAGCCCGUCGUCGACGCUCCCGAGCUCGAGCCCGCCGCAUCCACCGAGAACAAGCAGGAGCCAUUGUUGGCCCUGUAA